AUGAAUCCAAGCGUUUGGAGCAAAGGUAUGUAUUCCUCCAGCAGCAUUUGCCUUGACGGCUACACUGCAGAGCAUCUCUCCGUACUUUCAGAUGUGUCAGGUGUUUCUAUGUCCUUACACAAAGACAGUGAGGACACAAAAAUGCUACCGGCAAGUGUUUAUUACAGCAGCGGUGAUGCUGCCUCAAAUGUAGAGCUCAAUCCAUCUAGAGACAACACUGCUGGACAUUUACCCACGAAGAGGCACCCAUCUCCUGCAGCCACUUCUUGUGGUCCCCAUGAGUGGAGCUUAAACAGUGGCCAUCGAGCCAAGCGUGCCAGAGUAGAGAACAUCAUCAAAGGCAUGACCGGCUCUCCUGGUAUGCACUGCACAGAGGGGUCAGAUGGCAUGCAGGGAAAUGAAAGGAGUCAAGAUCAGGAGCUCGUGGGAAGGAGUGGAUCUGGCAGCCAGACGACAAGGAAGCAGCUUGAGAGUCAGUAUCAUCACCUCAGACAGCUCAGGACAAGGUUCAACCAUGUGGAUGGAGUCACUGACACUGUAGACAGUAGUAAGGAGGAGAAACAUCCCACCUGGGACGAUUCUCACAGGGACGAAUUUACAGAUUCAUACAGUGAGUUUCAGAGCAGCUCAAGUAGGAAACAUCAAGGAUGGAAGAAGGUGAAGCUGAUGAACUACUUCCACUCCAAAUCUGAGAGAAUAAAGCUGAUGGCAGAUGUUUUAAAGUACGAACUGUCCAGAGCGGUCAGCAGGAGCGUUGACUCUAUUUUCAAAAGCAUGCCGCUUCUACAGACGUCGCCAAAUAACGAGGAAAACGCAGACACUGAUGUGCCUCUUCAGUCAUCAGUUGGUAAAGAGGGUAAAUUAGGAGUUUCCUGUUGUGGUAAUGCAGAAGUCCCAGAUGUUCAAACCGAAGCUCUGUCUCUUGUUGUGGAGAAGCCUCGACUGGAAAGAGCCGACAAGUUCAUCCUCCAGUCCAGAUCAAGAGCUCCCCAUCGUCCCAAACCUCCAGUCCCCUUCUGUCUUGACACACCACUGCGUGAAGAUCAGCUGUCAGAGAAGAGUCACGACACCCUCAGGUGCUUGCGAGAUGGAUGCCCCGAAAUUAGUCGAGCAAAGUUUGAGAGGUUUGACGCACACUGGAAUCCGGUAAAAGUAAGGUCAAAGGUCAACUCCAGAUGUGUUAGAAGCCCACAGACUGUGUCAGUGUCAGUGGAUCCCAUGCUGUUGGAAAGCCUGCGUCUCCCUCAUGUCAAGAUUGAGUCUGAUUGCCUGAUGAAGAACAACCUAUACAUGCUGAAUGAGGGUUUGACCACAAAUCACCUGAAGAAAGCAAAGCUCAUGUUCUUCUACACUCGCUACCCGAGCUCACUGGUCCUGAAGUUGUGUUUCCAUGAUGUGCAGUUCACGCGCUGCAUCACCUCUCAGCUCAUCAAGUGGUUCAGUAACUUCAGGGAGUUUUUCUACAUCCAGAUGGAGAAGUUCGCCCGGCACGCUCUCAUAGAAGGAGUGGCCGACGUCAGAGGUCUGACUGUGGGGAGAGAAUCAGAACUUUUCAGAGCUCUCAACGUGCACUACAACAAGGCCAACGACUUCCAGGUUCCUGACAGAUUCUUGGAGGUUACCGAGAUUACACUGAGAGAAUUUUACAUUGCCAUUUCAAUGGCCAAAGAUCGUGAUCCAUCGUGGAAGAAAGCAAUCUACAAGGUGAUCUGUAAACUGGACAGUGACGUACCAGCUGAGUUCAAAAAUCAUCCCUCUGGAUGAGAACAAACCAGAAGACAUCCUGUGCCACAGUGGUUACUGUCUCAAUGUGGACUUACUCGUGCCUUGAUUAGCAAACUAUUUGGUUUUUAAUGAAGAGCAUGCUAUAAUAGUAAAAUAGGUGAGUGACUUCCAAUCAUCACACAUAUGGCAGACUGAUGUCUGAGUUUAUCAAAGGCUUUACUGGCUGUUUUUGUUGCAUCAUGAGGUCGUUUGACAUAAUUAGCAUUUUACUAUAUCAACCAUAUUAUAUAGCAAUAACAUAUUUUGUAUUGUAUUAAUUGUGAAACACAUUUUCUGGU